CUUCCCAGCUGGGUUUCGAGCGGGGCGCUCUCCGCCUCUGAACUGGAGAGUGCCAUGGUUAACCAUUGCACGACACUCCUGACACACUAUAAGGGUGACACUUACUCCUUCGACAUCGUCAAUGAACCUUUCAACGAUGACGGCACCUGGCGCACGGACGUAUUCUACAACGAGCUCAACACCACAUAUGUUCCCACGGUUCUCACCGCCGCCCGCGCCGCUGAUCCCUCCACCAAACUGUACAUCAACGAAUCUAACCUCGAAUACGCCUCUGGUAAAUCAGCCUCCAUGCUUUCUCUCGUGGAGUCUCUCCUUGCAGAUGAUGUCCCUCUCGAUGGGAUCGGCUUCCAAGGCCACUCGAUCGUAGGCCAGGUUCCGACAUCGAUCCAAAGUCAGAUGGAAGCGUUCAUGGCGUUGGGGAUUGAGGUGGCCAUUACGGAGUUGGAUAUUAGGAUGACGUUACCGGCGACGGAGGCGUUGUAUGAGCAACAGAAGACAGAUUAUCAGAAUGUGAUUGCGGCGUGUCAGGCCGUGGAUGGAUGUGUUGGUGUGACGAUCUGGGAUUACACCGAUAAGUACUCUUGGGUGCCAUCUACUUUCUCUGGCCAAGGUGCUGCUUGUCCGUGGGAUUCUGUGAGUAUCACCACCCUUGCUCAUACUCGAAUGAAGUCGUUCUGA